AGAAAAAGGAGAGAAAAGUGGAAGGGGCUUCAGCCUUGUGUUGAAGGCCACACAUCAUAACAGUCUCUCCUCCUCUGAAGGAAAAUUCUUCCGUCUAAAUUUCCACAUCAAAUACGAGGAAAAAUCGAAGAAUUUUUUUUAUUCAAUUCGCAGAAUCAUCCGAAACGUAAGCUCAGGAUUCAAAUCGGAGAUCAGACGGAGGUGAAGCGAUGUCGUGUUCAUCGUCGUCGGCGUCGGAGGAAGAGGACGAGGGCACCGACUCCUACCGCAAAGGAGGCUACCACGCCGUCCGAGUCGGCGAUCCGUUCUCCGGAGGUCGGUACAUCGCGCAGAGGAAGCUCGGUUGGGGCGAGUUCUCCACCGUCUGGCUUGCUUACGACACGCGAUCCUCUAAAUACGUUGCUCUAAAGAUCCAGAAAAGUGCAGUACAAUUUGCUCAAGCUGCUCUUCAUGAGAUUGAAGUCCUUUCAGUUAUUGCUAAUGGUGACCCCUCAAAUUCCAAGUGUGUUGUGCGACUGAUUGACCAUUUUAAGCACACAGGGCCAAAUGGACAGCAUGUCUGCAUGGUACUAGAAUUUCUUGGUGAUAGUAUACUUCGGCUGAUCAAGUAUAACCGUUAUAAAGGGCUUGAAUUUAAUAAAGUUCGGGAGAUCUGCAAAUGCAUUUUGACAGGUCUGGAUUACAUGCAUAGAGAACUUGGUAUAAUCCACACAGACCUAAAACCUGAAAAUAUCCUUCUCUUUUCCACCAUUGAUCCUGCCAAAGACCCAAUCAGGUCUGGCCUAACCCCAAUUCUUGAAAGGCCUGAAGGAAACCCCACUGGUGGAGUUACUAUAAAUAGUAUUGAGAAAAAGCUGAAAGCAAGGGCAAGGAGAGCAGUGGCUAAAAUAUCAGGAAAAAGAGCUUCAAUGGGAGGAGAGACUCCAAAGGCUGAGAGAUCUCUGGACGGGAUUGAUGUGAGAUGCAAGAUUGUGGAUUUUGGAAAUGCAUGUUGGGCAGACAGACAAUUCACAGAAGAAAUUCAAACAAGGCAGUAUCGAGCUCCUGAAGUUGUGCUCAAGGCUGGGUACUCCACCUCUGUUGAUAUGUGGUCGUUUGCUUGCACUGCCUUUGAGCUUGCUACUGGUGACAUGCUGUUUGCUCCCAAAAAUGGACAAGGUUAUAGCGAGGAUGAGGAUCACCUUGCUCUGAUGAUGGAACUCCUUGGAAAAAUACCUCGGAAGGUAGCCAUUGGGGGAGCUCGAUCAAAAGACCUCUUUGACAGACAUGGGGAUCUGAAAAGAAUCCGAAGGCUGAAAUUCUGGCCACUUGACCGAAUACUGGUUGAUAGAUACAAAUUUUCUGAAUCUGAUGCACGUGAGUUUGCAGACUUUCUGGUUCCCCUUCUCGAUUUUGCACCAGAGAAGCGGCCAACUGCUCAGCAGUGCCUGCAACACCCAUGGCUCAAUCUCACCAAUUUGGCCGCGAAUGAGACCAAGAGCAAAUCUAACGUGGAGAAAUUAGAUGUUGGGAUGAGCAAACUUCAGAUUGAGGUGGGUAAGUGAAGAAGGGAAUGAAUGAAGGCGCCGGCACUCACUGCCCCGGAACCCGGACCUUUGCUAAGCCCCUCCCUCCACCUGCGUGAGUAUGUUUGUGAUUUAUUUUGGGUUUGUUAAGAUUUCAAUAAGAAUCAAUUUUUUUAUUAACUAAGAUGUAAAUUAGUGAAUGAUUAUUGUGAGGAAAUGACAUGAGGGAGACAAACUUGACUACCUUGUCUAACGAACUUAUUUAUUGUCACCACAACAGUAAUAUUAUUAAUUCAUGUUAAUAUUCCAA